CAAAGGGACGCGAGGCUCCGAACUCAGCCGCUAUAUAGGCCUGCAAGAGGCGGUCCGCGCUCCUCUUCUGGCUGUGCCGCGAUCUCUGUCGUCAAGACCAGGCCGUGCUCCAGGCUUAUCUCCCGCCGUCGAUCAAAAUGCCUGAAGAAAUCCAAACCCAGCAUGGCGAAGAGGAGGUGGAAACCUUUGCCUUCCAGGCAGAGAUUGCCCAGCUUAUGUCCCUGAUAAUCAACACCUUUUACUCCAACAAGGAAAUCUUUAUGCGGGAGAUCAUUUCCAACGCCUCUGAUGCACUGGACAAGAUCCGCUAUGAGAGUCUGACAGAUCCCUCAAAGCUGGAAAGUGGCAAAGAGCUGAAGAUAGAUAUCAUUCCCAAUCCCCAUGAUCGCACCCUCACCUUGGUGGACACUGGUAUUGGCAUGACAAAGGCAGACCUUAUCAACAAUCUGGGCACCAUUGCGAAGUCUGGCACCAAAGCCUUCAUGGAAGCCCUGCAGGCUGGUGCAGACAUCUCCAUGAUUGGACAGUUUGGUGUGGGCUUUUACUCUGCUUACCUUGUGGCUGAGAAGGUUGUGGUUAUCACCAAGCACAACGAUGAUGAACAGUACGCCUGGGAGUCAUCUGCAGGCGGCUCCUUCACUGUCAAAACUGACCAUGGUGAACCCAUUGGCCGUGGUACCAAAGUGAUCUUGCACCUGAAGGAUGAUCAGACUGAAUACCUGGAGGAACGUCGCAUCAAGGAAGUGGUGAAGAAGCACUCUCAGUUCAUCGGCUACCCUAUCACCCUCUAUCUGGAGAAGGAGCGUGAGAAGGAAAUCAGCGACGAUGAGGCGGAGGAGGAAAAAGUGGAGAAGGAGGAUGAAGAGGCAGCCCCCAAGGAUGAGGAGGAGAAGCCCAAGAUUGAAGAUGUGGGCUCAGAUGAAGAGGAGGAAGGUGGCAAGAGCAAGAAGAAGACCAAGAAGAUCAAGGAAAAGUACAUUGACCAGGAGGAACUGAACAAGACCAAGCCCAUCUGGACCCGAAACCCUGAUGACAUCACUCAGGAGGAGUAUGGCGAGUUCUACAAGAGCUUGACUAAUGAUUGGGAAGACCACCUGGCUGUUAAGCACUUCUCUGUGGAGGGGCAGUUGGAAUUCCGGGCGCUUCUCUUCAUCCCACGCCGGGCCCCAUUUGACCUCUUUGAGAACAAGAAGAAAAAGAACAACAUCAAGCUCUAUGUGAGGCGCGUCUUCAUUAUGGACAGCUGUGAUGAACUCAUCCCAGAGUACCUGAACUUCAUCCGGGGUGUAGUGGACUCCGAGGACCUGCCCCUGAACAUCUCCCGUGAGAUGCUGCAACAAAGCAAGAUUCUCAAAGUGAUUCGCAAGAACAUUGUCAAGAAAUGCCUGGAGCUUUUUGCAGAGCUGGCGGAGGACAAAGAAAACUACAAGAAGUUCUACGAGGCCUUCUCCAAAAAUCUCAAGCUGGGGAUCCAUGAGGACUCUACCAACAGGAAACGCCUGUCAGAACUGUUGCGGUACCACACUUCCCACUCUGGCGACGAGAUGAAUUCCCUCUCCGAAUAUGUGUCCCGUAUGAAGGACAACCAGAAAAGCAUCUAUUACAUCACAGGUGAAAGCAAGGAACAGGUGGCUAACUCUGCCUUUGUGGAGCGAGUGAGGAAACGUGGUUUUGAAGUGGUGUACAUGACAGAGCCCAUUGAUGAGUAUAGUGUCCAGCAGUUGAAGGAAUUUGAUGGCAAGACCUUGGUGUCCGUCACAAAAGAAGGGCUGGAGCUGCCAGAGGAUGAGGACGAGAAGAAGAAGAUGGAGGAGAGCAAAGCCAAGUUUGAGAACCUUUGCAAACUCAUGAAGGAAAUCCUGGAGAAGAAAGUUGAAAAGGUGACGGUCUCAAACAGGCUGGUCUCCUCUCCCUGCUGUAUUGUCACCAGCACCUAUGGCUGGACAGCCAACAUGGAACGUAUCAUGAAGGCCCAGGCCUUGCGAGACAACUCCACCAUGGGCUACAUGAUGGCCAAGAAGCACCUGGAGAUCAAUCCUGACCACCCCAUUGUAGAGACACUGCGUCAGAAGGCGGAGGCAGACAAGAACGACAAAGCCGUCAAGGACCUCGUGGUGCUGCUCUUUGAGACAGCACUGCUUUCCUCUGGCUUCUCCUUGGAGGAUCCACAGACUCACUCCAACCGUAUCUAUAGGAUGAUCAAGCUAGGGCUCGGGAUUGAUGAAGAUGAGGUUGCUGCUGAAGAGCCUAGUGCCGCUGUCUCUGAAGAUAUUCCCCCUCUGGAAGGAGAUGAGGAUGCCUCACGCAUGGAGGAGGUGGAUUAAAAAGAGGGCGCUGACCUCCCCCUCUGUCUUGCCCCCAUCCAUUCCCUGCACCAUCGCCUUGCUCAGGAAGACUGGCUCCGGCAGUGCUCUGGCAUGCCUUCGUAAGCAGUCUCUCACUACC